GGUUUUGACAUAUGACAUUGCACUGGCAGGCAGAUCAAAUUUGUCAUUUUAUAUAUUUUGUUUGAAAAAUAUUUCAAACUUUUGCUAAAUUUUUCUUCUUUGAAAUAACAAAAAAAUGGCACUCUCAUUACUGGCUAGAAACAUCCCCAAGCUACGAGGAUUUGCUGCCUUGCCAAGAUGCACUUUUCGUAUCCAGAAAGCUCAAAAUUUCACUCAGUUGGUCGUCAGCAAAAAUACCAAUUCGUUGUCGCUCGCCAACAAAUGCAAAAUCCAAUUUGUAAAUGUCGGACAACAGGCCAAGAGAAAUAUGUCGGGGGACCACGGAAAAAUAUGGACCAUCGAAAAAAUUAUCUCCUUUCUGUUGUUAGGUCUCGUGCCUGCUACUUUUCUCUAUCCGAAUAACAUUUUGGAUAAUGCAUUUGCUGUUGCAUGUGUCCUGCAUUUCCAUUGGGGUCUAGAAGCCUGUGUGAUUGAUUACGCCAGGCCGAUCGUUGUAGGUCCAAUCCUAUCGAAAAUUGCUAUCGCAUUGCUAUACGUGGUUUCUGCCACGACACUUGGAGCCCUGAUUUACUUCAACCAAACUCAAAUUGGUAUCGGUUGUGCCCUGAGAGACUUCUGGUCGAUUACUGGUACCGCAGCUGACAACCAAAAAAGUGCAAAGUGAUUUAUUUGUGUUUUUUUAAACAAAUUUAUUUUUUGUUACAUAAUAUUGUAUUACUAGAUGUAUUAUUAAAUUAUUUAUUUCGAGU